ACACGUGUUGUCGCCUUUCUAAUCUAAACCUGGGGGAGUGGAAAAAGGGAGGAAGAGGGAGGGGGUGGAAGCAUGAAUCGGAAGAGCGCUUCCGUUAUUAUUCGCCUUUCUUUUUUUCUUUUUCUUUUUCUGUUUUAUACGGAUUGCUCUAAGGCGUUUGCUGCAUUCCUCUUGAUGAGAUGGGCGGCAUUCCGGGUCGGAUGGGGGGAGAGAAAGGCUAUUUAUUUAAUAUGACGAUGCUGUGUUUUCCGAGAUGGGGGCCCGUUUUUUUUUUUUUUUUUUUUUUUUUUUU